CAGCACCAGUCAACCAGCACCAGUCAACCAGCACCAGUCAACCAGCACCAGCCAACCAGCACCAGUUAACUACCACCAGUCAACCAUCAACAGUCAAUCAUCACCAGUCAACCAGCACCAGUCAACCAGCACCAGUCAACCAGCACCAGUCAACCUUCACCAAUCAACCAGCACCAGUUAACUACCACCAGUCAACCAUCAACAGUCAAUCAUCACCAGUCAACCAGCACCAGUCAACCAGCACCAGUCAACCUUCACCAAUCAACCAGCACCAGUCAACCAGCACCAGUCAACCUUCACCAGUUAACCACCACCAUCUUAUCACCAUCCAUCACCCACCAACCACCAUCCACCAACCACCAACUAACCACCCUACACCCACCUCUCUCAACCAUGUACACCCAAGAAGUCAACACAACCACAACCACCACCUCCACCACAAUCUCCGACUACUACCCCACCAACUACCCCCCGUCUUACUACGACUACUACUAUCAAAACACGACCUCCUGCCUCACCAACGACACCAGCCAGCCCUGCUACGACUACGAGGUACCUACUUUCCGUCACUCCCUGUCAGUGACGGUACUCUACUGCGUCUCCUACGUUCUGGUCUCCGUUAUGGGCGUCGUAGGCAACAGUUUCGUUGUAGCAGUGGUCAUGCGGGCACCACGCAUGCGCACGGUCACCAACGUCUUCAUAGCUAAUCUGGCUGUGGCAGAUCUAUUGGUCAACAUCAUAGUUAUGCCCACCACUCUCAUUGGCCAUCUGUUGAACGCCUGGGUUCUCGGUCUCUUCAUCUGCAAGGCCAUGUCGUACCUGCAGGGAGUGAGUGUCUCAGCUUCCAUCAACACCCUGGUGGCCAUCUCGGUGGACCGUGCGCUGGCUAUCUGCUACCCCAUGAGGUGUCAGAUCACCUCUCGCACCUGUCGCAGCAUCAUUGUGGUCAUCUGGGCCUUCUCUCUCAGCAUCACUCUACCUUGGGCCAUCUUCUUCAAGCUGGAACCCAUCCCUGAUACUGACCUACAUGUGUGUACCGACAAGUGGCCAGAUGAACAGAGUGGUAACUUGUACUUCGUGGUGGCCAACCUGGUCAUGUGCUACCUGCUGCCUCUCACUCUCAUCUCUGUCUGCUACGUUUUAAUUUGGCGCAAGGUGUGGCGACGCAAGUUACCAGGGGAGCAACAGGACGUGGGUGUUGCUAUGAUGAUGCAUCGCUCUAAGAUUAAGGUGAUCAAGAUGCUGCUGGUAGUGGUGAUUCUCUUCGCCCUCUCCUGGCUCCCUCUCUACGCCAUCUUCGCUAGACUUAAGCUAGGAGUGCCACUCACAGAGAUGGAGACACACGUCAUCCACAUCCUGGCACCCGUAGCUCAGUGGCUGGGGGCAUCCAACUCCUGCAUCAACCCCAUACUCUACGCCUUCUUCAACGACAAGUUCCGUUCUGGCUUCAAGGCAAUCUUAGUAUCCCGGUCUUGUUGUUCUCCACUGCGUCUGGACGUCAACUGCAAGACCUUUCACUCAGUGAGGACCCACAACCCCUGUUCGCUCGAGUCCAAGGCCUCGUCUGAGUUCUCUGUGUACUCCAGUUCCUCUGGAUCAGCUGAAACAAGACGCAAGUCUGUGAUGGUGCAGAUCCCCCUUGACAGCCACGGCGCCCGUGCCGUGGUGACCACGCCGGCGACUCAGAAGAAGGAGAAGAAGAGACUGGUGGUGUCCCAGCGUCCCAGGAGUUCAAUGGUGCUGUAUCGCCAGUGUAUCAUCAACAACUUAACAAACGGCACUGCUUCCUCCACCACCUCCUCCAACGCUCCCCCCACCACCACCACCACCACUACCAUCACCACCACCACUACCACCACCACCACUUCGCUCAUCAACGGCACCACCACCAUCGUAUGAGGGGUGGAGAGUCAUCAACUACUUGAUCUCACAAGCUGAACAAACAUAACAAUUACAACCAAUAAUUGUUCAUGGGCUGCCUAACUAAUUAGUUAGUGUCCUUAUAUAACCUUUAAAACUAGACAAGAACCUUUGAAAUACAGCCUUCAAAAAUGUCUAGAACACUAGUAGAACACCUUGAAGUAAGGCUGACAGCUGACUAAAAACACUAAUAAAAGACUUAACACUUUGCUGACAAAAAACUUUGUACAGUUUAGAUUAAUUUAUCUGACGACUUUAUUAUUAAACGUUCAGCGCUACGCUGUAUUAAAACUGUGAAAAAUAUUCAAGAUUUAUGUUAACACUGUCAGCAAGUACACUAACACUGUCAGCAAGUACACUAACACUGUCAGCAAAUACAGUAACACUGUCAGCAAGUACACUAACACUGUCAGCAAGUACAGUAACACUGUCAGCAAGUACAGUAACACUGUCAGCAAGUACACUAACACUGUCAGCAAAUACAGUAACACUGUCAGCAAGUACAGUAACACU